AUGUCAUCGGCACCGCAGAACCCUCUAAAGAGACCAAGAGCCAGAUCCACAGUGAAGCGUACACAUCAACUCAGCCACAUCCAGCAACUGCCGCCAGCGACAGAGCCCGCGCCGCAAGAUGAGGCUUUCGUCCAGGCCCAGCUGCUGCGCUCCAUCUGCACCGCCCUGACCAUUGUCGGCUAUGACAGUGUCAAGCCUUCCGCGCUGGAGAUGUUCCGCGCAGAGAACACGCGCAAAUGGCUGAUGCGACGCAAACCAGACAUGAUGAACUUCCUUACCACAGUCAAAGACUCGAUGAGAGCUUCGCGGCGGUCGACCGCUCUACCACAAGAUUUCAUCUUUGCCCUAGCAGAAGUCGGCCUGGAAUCACACCAACUGGAACCCCACCUUGAUUUGCGCCUACCAGACGACAUUGCCAAUCCUACCAUACUCCCUCCACGACCAGACGAAGCCCCUCCGCCCGAUCUGGCCCCCAUGCUUGGACAAGAGCUGGUUACACCUGCCGCACAGCAAUACGGAUACAUACCCUCACAUUUCCCUCCGCUACCGAGUCGUCACGCAUGGCAAAGUACCGCCCUCUUCACACAACGAGAACAAGACCCUCGACGUAUCCGUGAGCGCGCGACAGACGAAGGUGUCCAAGCCGAACAUGCUCUGCGCAAACUUACUACUGCCGACAAGGCUCGUUCACGCCAGCCCGUUGUCGAUAAGGCCAAGGAUAUGCUAUGGCAGGAAACAAUCUCGGACUUGCAGGACGAUGGCGACGAUCUUCUUCCCAUAACACAGGACGCAGAUGGAGACAUCAAGCUAGACGGAUUCUCGAAUGAUCACGGAAGUGACAAGACCGCCAGUAUGGCUGAUCUGAUACGCAGGGGUGGUGGAUUAAUGGUAAACCACGACCGCAAUCACUGGCGAAGAGGAAGAGGUGCUGUGCAUGUUUGA